CUCUUAUGCAACAUUUGUAUAGCAGAGUUGAAAGACUAAAAUCUGCUUGGAAUCCUGUGCUGCUCACACAGGACCCACACACUCACCAUGGAGGUGCACAUGCGUCCUCUUCUCUAUCUACUGCUGUUCAUGUGUUGUGCUGUUCAGGGAGAUAGCAGAAAGAGAUUCCUAAUCACUGCUCCGAGUGUUUUUCACGUUGGUGUAAAAGAAGCCGUAUGGAUUCAGGUGGGGGAGGCAUUGCUUGGCAAACCCGUGUCCUGUCAGUUAGAAACAGAGAUGCGUGUUCCCAUGUCCACACGGGAGACCAAAACAAUCAACACAAAAGGGCAGUUUGACAAAGUGAAUCUUGAGAUAUUUGCAAAUAAAGCCUCAGACCUGAAAUCGACCAGUGGAGAGCCUCCCUAUCUCAACCUGGCUUGUGAAGUUGACGGUCAGAGAUGGCAGACCCGCAUCCUGGUUUCCAAACACAGUGGCUACAUCUUUAUUCAGACGAACCAACCCAUAUACAACCCCACACAGAAAGUUUGGUUCAGGAUCUUCGCUCUGGACCACUCCAUGCGACCAAAAUCAGAGUUUGUUGAUGUCUAUAUAUAUAAUGCUGAUGGGCACAAGGUCAAGAAAAAGACGUACAACAUUGUAGAUGGCAUUCUGUCACAGGACUACUACAUCCCUGAUAUUUCAAAACCUGGUGUGUGGACGAUUAAAGCACACUACAAAGGUGAUGAAGAAAAUGCUGCAGUGCGUGAAUUCAAGGUCCAGAAGUUUGUUCUUCCCAGCUUUGGAGUUUCUAUUCAUUCAGAGAAAGCCUUUCUGCUUGUGACCGAUGAGACAUUUGUAUUCACUAUCAAAGCCUCAUACACCUAUGGCAAGGUCAUUGAUGGUGGUUUCCACUGUCGAUUUGGUAUAAAAAAGGACAAGUCAGAGAAUAAUGCUGGAGAAAUUGAAUUCAUUAGGGGACUGGAGAAAACUGGAUCUGUGAAAAAAGGCCAUGCUGAGAUUACAGUUGAAAUCUCAGACCUCAAGCAAAAACUAAGCUCAACAUUAGAGGAAUUGGCAGCGACUCGGGCCCAAUUCUACAUUGCUGUCUCAGUAACAGAUAUUUUAAGUGGUGAGGUACAGGAAUCAGAAGCUUUCCUUCCCAUUGUCUCAAUCCCAUACAAUGUGGAUCUGUCUCGGACAAGAUCUUUCUACACACCUACAUAUCCCUUUCAAGCAGUGGUAACAGUCCGUCACCCAAAUGGUUCCCCAGCUAAGGGCGUUCAAGUGAACUUACAUGUCUCAAGCGCCACGGAAAAAAAUGUAGUUGUUAAAACUAAUGAAGAUGGAGUCGCAUUUAGCAUUUUCAACUUGGAAGGAACACCAUCUUCAGUUUCAGUGCAGGCAACAGUGGAUAAUUUCAAGUCAACCAAACAAGUGCGCCCACUGAAGUCCACAACAAACAGCUUCCUGCAUAUUAGUGUGACUAAUAAAGUCCUGUCAACAGAAGACCCUCUGGAUGUUACAUUUUAUGUCAGUGGCAAACCAGAAGACGGGCGAAUAUAUCAUAUGAUUCUCAGCAGAGGCAUGCUGAGAUCAGCGAAGUCUGAAGCAUCAGGUUCUGUAGUAAAAACAAUCAUUAAUAUCAGUCCAGAGAUGAUCCCAUCCUUCAGAGUGAUUGCCUUUUACUAUGACACAAAUGGUGACAUUAUUGCAGACUCAGUAUGGGUAGAUGUAGAAGACAAAUGUGAGGGAAAGCUUCAGAUAACACUGCAAGACCAUCGUCAAUAUCAACCAGAAGAUACCGCUGUGCUAGAUAUUAACGUAGGAAAGCAGAAUGCAAAAGUGGCCUUACUAGUUGUGGACAAAGCCGUUUACGCCCUGGGUGCUCAAAACAAACUCACUCCAAAGCAAGUGUUCACCUCCAUGCAGUCUUAUGAUCUGGGGUGUUCGUAUGAAGGUGGAGAGAACACAGCUGCUGUUUUUAAUGAUGCUGGCCUGGCCUUCAUCUCUCACUCGUCCACAAUCCGUUCAAUGAUGAGAAAAGGUUUCAGCUGCGAGUCUGGUUUUAGACGCAACAAACGUUCUAUAGAUAUUCAAGCAGAAAUGGUUAAAAAAGAAGCUGCGUUCAAGAAAGCAGAAUUGCAGAAAUGCUGUCGCCAUGGCUUCACCCUGAUUCCUAUGAAGUUUACAUGUGAGGAACGAGCAAAAAAAGUGAGUAAAACGGAAAGUGCAGACUGUGUGAAAGCCUUCCAAGAGUGCUGUGAGUUUGCAAAGAAGCUAAGAGACAAAAAGAGGAAAGAGGACCAGAGGACAGGGCAUGGCAGAUCUGUUGAUUCUAAUGAAAUCGAGGAAUUCUUUGACACUGAGAUGGAAUCAAUUCGCAAUUAUUUCCCUCCAAGCUUUGAGUUCAAACAAAUUAAUGUGAAAGAAACUGUCAAGCACCAAAUCCAUUUACCACACUCUAUCACAACAUGGGAGAUUCAGGCUCUCAGUUUAUCUCCAUCUCAUGGUUUCUGUGUGGCAGAGCCAGUUGACAUUACUGUAUUUAAGCACGUGUUUAUUUCCUUGAGGCUUCCUUAUUCAGUCAAACGAUUUGAACAACUCUCUAUAGCUGCAGUGAUAUUUAAUUAUGGCAAGAUGGAAAGGGAGCUCCUUGUGCAAAUGAAACAAGUGGAUGGUAUUUGUUCACCGGGAUCAGCUUCUUCCUCAUCUGCUGUACAAAUAAGUCUGGGGCCACAGUCGUCUCAAACAGUGACUUUCCCUGCUGUUCCCAUGAACAUAGGUGAAAUCCCUAUCACUAUUGAACUGUUUGAAGUUGAAGAAAACCAAAAAACAAGAGUGGAUGCCAUUCAAAAGAUACUUUUGGUCCAGAAUGAAGGAGUGGAAAUGAGAGAAGAGCAGACUUAUUUUAUUAACCUGGAUGGUAGAAGUGACCGGCGCUUGUCUAUCGAUGGAUUUUUCCCAAACAACACUGUUCCAGAAACAGAUGUCAACAUGUUUGUCAAACUAGAAGAGGAAGUAUUUGCCAAAUCCACUGCUGUGCCAUUACUGUCACCAUCCAAAGUGGAAAAUCUGAUCCGGGCUCCUCAUGGAUGUGGAGAACAGACUAUGAUCCGUAUGUCUCCUACUGCCUUCUCAAUUCGCUACCUGGACAAAAGUAAACGCUGGCUGGAACUAGAAGCAGGAUCCAGGGACAAAGCACUGAAUUUCAUUGAGCAAGCUUAUGAACGGAUUUUAACAUUCCAAAAGCCUGAUGGAUCGUAUGGAGCUUGGAUAAACACUCCCACAAGUACCUGGUUGACUGCGCUGGUGGUGAAAGUGUUGUCUCUUGUGGCCGAACGACAGAUAGAAACUCUUGAACAGCAAGGAACAACAGAGAAGUUGAUUUCGCAGGAGGACAUCCGCAAAGCAGUCAAAUAUCUGAUUAAAACACAGAACUCAGAUGGGUCCUUCGCUGAUGCUUAUCCAGUCUACCACAGGGAAAUGCAGGGAGGUAUUGGAGGAGUUGAGCAAGAUGCCUCUUUAACAGCUUUCAUCACGAUAGCUCUUUAUCGCUCCCUCCCUUACUUGGAUGAAGAAGAAAACAAUGUGAAAAAAAGCAUCUCUCGUGCCACCAACUUCCUCGUUAAUCGAGUCGAUGAUCUUCAAAGACCUUAUGCGUUAGCCAUUACUGCGUACUGUUUGUCUGUCUGCCUCACUGACCGAACACAGUCACUGUCUGCCUGGAUAAAGCUCAGAAGGCUCGCAAAACCAGCGGAAGAGUGUCUUGUUUGGCAAGAUGAUGAAAAUAUGCGACUGGUAAAUGAGGCAAAAACUUCCCGUGUGCCCCCUGGAAUGGCGUUAACAGUAGAGACCACUGCAUAUGCUCUCCUGACUGCACUUGCACAGGAUGACUUAAUAACAGCACAUGCUGCCGCCUGCUUCUUGUCAUCCCAAGAGAACUAUGAAGGAGGUUUUAAAUCAACACAGGACACUAUCAUGGCUUUGGAAGCCCUAUCAGAGUACGCACUGAGUAUACCAGAAACACCCUUCUCUACAAUCAAUGCACUGUUUACUGUUCAAGGGAGGUCUGAGACAGAAAAGCUGCUUUUGGACAAAAAUGAAAAAGUGGAAACAGAUUUAAAGAGACUUGUGGGAAUGGGAAUAGAUGUAAACAUUUCCGGCAAAGGAAAAAUUAAAAUGAAAGUGGCAAAAGCUUAUUAUGCUCUUAAGGAAGAAUCUAACUGCGCUGACUUGUCAAUACAUGUGACUGUAGAGGGAAAAGUGGAAUACACAAGUGAAGUACAAGAAUCUUACAAUUACUAUGAGGACUAUGAACAGCCAGAAGAGAGGAAGGAGGAGGAAGAUCUCCCCCGGUCAGCAAUCGAGUGGUUUGAUGCUCGCAGCAGACGGAAAAGAGACACCAAGCAAAACACGCAAGAUGAAGUUGUCUAUAAAGUGUGUGUCAGUCAUACACAGGGCAGAAACCUCUCUGGAAUGGCCAUUGCUGACAUCACUCUACUUAGCGGCUUUGAAGCAAUCAAUACAGAUCUAGAAAAGCUAAAAGACCUGGUAGACAAGUAUAUUUCUCACUAUGAGCUCACACGAGGAAGAGUGCUGUUGUACUUCAAUGAGAUAGAUGAAGGUGAGGCCUGUAUUGCAUUCGGAGCGAAGCAAAGUGUGGCCAUUGGUUUAGUUCAACCAGCUCCUGCUACCUUUUAUGAUUACUAUGAACCAGACAGGAGAUGUUCAGUGUUGUACAGCGCCCCCAAGAGGAGCAAGGCGGUGUCUGUCUUGUGUUCAGAUGAUGUGUGUCAAUGUGCAGAAAGGGGUUGUUUCACAGAGAAGAAAACAAUGGACAUGCAAAUCACCAAAAAGAACAGAUAUGAUUAUGCUUGUUACCACACCAGCAUUGACUAUGCAUUUGAAGUCACUGUGGAUUCAGUUACUGAAGAGAGCAAUUUCUUAUUGUAUUCAACAUCUGUGACUGUGGUCCUCCGAUUUUUGGGAGACACGAGCGUGAGCACAGACAGCACACGGGUGUUUGCCAAGAGGAAGCACUGCAAGAGUGAGCUGAAACAGGGCAAGACGUACCUCAUCAUGGGCAACGAUGGCCCUACCAAAGACUCAAAUGGAAACAUGCAAUACCUGUUGGAUUCAAAAACAUGGGUUGAGGAGAAACUGUCGCCCUCAACAUGCAAAGCAUCAGUCAACAAGAAAUAUUGCAAGGAAUUUAAAGAGUUUGUAAAAGAGUACCAAGUUAAUGGAUGCAACUCUUAGUCUGAACUGCAAUUAGAAAAGGAUUCUACAUUUAUUCUGAACUUACUUUUCAUUUUAUGCUACACAUUCUGGUACCUGUAUAACAUGCAUAUGUUCUGUUAUCAACACUUAAAAUAAUUGUGCUUACAAGACA